AUGUCUCUACCGGAUGUAUUAAGUCGAGGUGAUGAUUUUUUAGCCCAAUAUCCAAGGAGAAGUUCCGCUUGGCAAUUUUUCUCUCAUGGUACCUGUCUUGCUACUAUAGGUCUCUCGAAACUUAUACUAAAGGCGUUCUAUAAUGUCGAGUUAAACCAUUUUAACAAAUUAGAAAGGGCGAUCGAUAGAAGUAAGGAUGAAAACAGAGGGUUAUUAACAGUUAUGAAUCACAUGUCCUGUGUAGAUGAUCCAUUUUUAUGGGCUGUAUUUCCCUGGAGAAUUUAUAGAGAUGUGGAUACUAUAAGAUGGUGUUUAGGCGCCCGUAACGUUUGUUUCCAGAAUAAGGUCUUUGGAACCUUUUUCUCACUAGGAAAGGUACUUUCUACCGAAAGAUUUGGAGCUAGCCCCUUCCAAGGCUCCAUAGAUGCUGCCGUUAGGUUAUUAAGUCCUGAUGAUACUAUGGAUUUAGAAUGGUUCCCACCUAGUGAAAAGGUGAGCAAGCCUGCCGAAGCAGUGAUCAACAUGGCUAAAAAAGCAAAAGAAAACUAUUUUCCACCUGUCAAAAGGUCACGUCCAGCUUGGAUGCAUGUAUACCCUGAAGGUUUUGUCCUACAGUUACACCCACCCUUUAGCAAUUCCAUGAGAUAUUUCAAGUGGGGGGUGUCUAGAAUGAUUCUGGAAUCCACAGUAGCGCCAAUCGUUGUACCAAUUUUCACUACUGGUUUUGAAAAAGUGGCUUCGGAAGAAACUGCGGGGACAAUGAUUAAAAGAUAUUUACCUGCCAACUUUGGAGCUGAAAUUAAUGUCACAAUUGGUGAUCCAAUUGAAGAUUCCAUUAUCGAGGGUUAUCGUCAGGAAUGGAAAAAGUUAGUAGAAAAAUACCAUGAUCCUGAACAUCCAACAGAUCUAUCGCCAGAAUUGAUAGAAGGUAAAGAAGCUCAAGGUUUAAGAAGUGCAGUGGCAGCAGAACUUAGAAAUCACAUUGCAAAGAUACGCCAUGAACAACGUAAUUUUCCUAAGGAAGACCCAAGAUUUGAAUCGCCGUCAUGGUGGAAAAACUACACUGCCACUGAAGGUGAUUCGGAUCCGGAUGUUAGAUUCAUUGGUUUGAACUGGGCAAUCAGAAGACUUCAGAGCUAUUUGCCUGAGAAUAAUAAUAAUACAAAUGAUGACACCAAUAAUAAGAAGAAUUCUUAA